CGUAAUCUCUCCUCACGUUGUUUGAUCUCCAGUCGUCUCGCAUUACACGGAUUUCUCGGUCAUACGACUUUCAAGCACGUUAUAUAUACAGAGCCACAUCGAAACCCUUCUGUUGAGGUAGCGUAGGUUUCGACAAUAUCAUAUGAUCGCGGUGUCAAUUUGACGUCAGGUUUUGCACUUAUAAAAACAACGAAAUGGCGAAACCCUGAUUGGUUAAAUUAGCCCGUAAAUAGACCAUCAUGCUCUCCAGGGAUUGCACGCUUCGUCACUGCAAAAAGAGAAAUUUUUCGGUGUAAUAAUUCGACAAAAUAGAAAACUCUUUAUCGACCAAAACUGUGUCGUCAACAUGGCUAGAAAUUUCCUCACUUUGCGUUUCAGUGAGUCUUGACUAGGUUUUGGUCCAAGGUGAGCGCAAGAGGAGCGCAAAAAGCAUUUGAGAAAUUAAAGAUCCCCGAAAUCUAAUUACGUAUGUAUGUUGUAAAUUUCUUGCAGGAAAACACCAGUUUUCAACUAGUUGGUCUUCACAAUGGUUUCCCCUACAUCUUCACGGUAGCAGCAGUAUCAUCGAUGACAGGUGAAGGAGAGAAAGCCAAACUCUUUUUCAACACCUCCGAACACAUCUCAAUGGCCACUUUGAAUGCAGACCGAUCGACAGAUCCUCCUGUUAGCAGUUUCAAAUACGCCGACACGGCUGCACCUACCCGUAAGGGCAACACGCCCUUCCCGUAUUUAGUGACAGCACUCGUGCUGAUAACUGUGCUUGCCUGCUUCUUUGGCGCCACCUAUCUAUACAUUAAGAGAAGGUACGGAAGCAUAUCUUCAGCUGUGCAGCAGAUGCAAGUUCAGUAAAUCAACGGCAGAGCUAUGUUGUCAUUUAAUGGGGAUACUUUUUCGGCCGAUCUCCCAAUCAUUGAGCCUGAUGAGUGGGAAGUAGAGUACAGCAGUGUUGCCUUUGGACAACAGAUUGGCGAAGGAGCUUUUGGAACAGUUUCCAAGGCAACUGUUAUCGGCUUGAUGGGUUUUCCCGCGCUUAAAGAAGUUGUUGCCGCCGUUAAGAAAUUAAAAGCAAAUGCAAACCUGGAAGACAAACGAAACUUUCUGACAGAGAUAUCAUUGAUGAAAAGUAUCGGCAAACAUCUGAAUAUUGUCAGCAUGCUGGGAUGUGUGACAAGUGGCGGUCCGCUGUGCCUUAUCACUGAGUACUGUCCGCACGGAGACCUCAGGAACUACCUGAGACUUAUUCGGGAUAAGAAAAAGAAUCCGCACUUUGUUUUGGCCAGCGACUUUGUGAGUCCACUGUUCAAAAGAAAAGCACUGCCAAGUCAUAAAGGAUCAAAAAGUCCAAGUCCAGUGAAAAAAAUCAAGCAAGCUUUCUCUGCGAGCUGCCUUCAGGUCCAAAAUAGUGACGAUGAAAAUCAGCCUGAAAACACCGAGGGAACAUUCAUUUCAAGCAACGAUUUAAAACCUCACGAGACGGACAGCAAUCACAGCCUGUUGUCUUCAGUCAGUUGUCUGUGCAACAAUGCAUGCCAUUGUGCUGUUCAGCAGGCGCAUAGAAAUGACUACGUAAACCGCCAACGCAGUUGGAGUCAUGAAUCAACUUCAUCCUCACCCAUGAACAACUUAAGAAUUCCACAAAGGAUCGGAACGUCAGUUCCUUCAACCCCCCUGAAUAUCUCCCCCUGUGCCACGCCAAUUCUUUCGGGAAGUACAAGUAAAUGCAGCUCAGUUCAGGAGGAGGGUUUCAUGCUUGAGGAGAAGAGAGAUGACAUCUGCAUCGUUGUGACAGACGCUGAUCCAAAUCUAAACCCCUGGGGUUAUUCAAGAAAAGUUUCCUCUGGGGAGAAGUGGAUGGCGAGUUUUAUACCAAUAACCGAGCAAGAGAAGAGUGAACACAACUCCGCACAGAAAAGGUCGUCUACUCAGAGUCCAUCUAAAAGCGAGGAGCGGUUGCGGAAUGAAAACAGAGGGAGAAGUCUUGAAGAAGACAGGAGGGAAGAGCUAACACAGAAUGUCCUUCUGUCAUUUGCAAGACAAAUUGCCGUCGGCAUGGAAUACUUGUCACAGAAGAAGUUCAUUCACCGCGAUCUUGCAGCACGCAAUAUUCUUGUCUGCGAUGAUAAUCUUGUUAAGAUAUCUGACUUUGGCUUGACCAGAGAUGUUUACGAGAGCUGUGAAUACCAGAAGGCCCAAACUGCUGGAAAACUGCCCAUCAAAUGGAUGGCGAUUGAAUCGCUCUUCGACAAUACUUAUACCACGAAAAGCGAUGUGUGGUCGUAUGGCAUUGUGCUCUGGGAAAUCAUAACUCUUGGUGGUUCUCCCUAUCCCGGUAUAUCAGGUCGAGAUAUUCAUAAGCUAAUCAAAAAUGGAUACAGAAUGGAUCGACCGGAGACGUGCAGUCAGGAGAUUUACCAAAUCAUGUUAUCUUGUUGGAGAGCCAAUCCAGAAGACAGGCCAAGCUUCACAGAUUUGAGAAACGAGCUGGAAAAACUGCUAGAAGAACAAGGGGACGAACAAUACAUCAGUGUCAACUGCGCCGAUUUUGAUGAUUACUGUGCUCUGGUGGGAAACCAAAGCAGCUCAAGCGACGAUGAAGAACUUGCCUUGCUCACAAGUGAUCAAAGUGCGGCGAUAUAGACGCACACCCCAUAUUUAUAAAAUGAGUCUCGCAUAACACUACUAUCAUUUGAAGUGAGCCCCGCCAUGAACCUAGUGGUGUAUUAAGAGGUCCUUUCCACACGAGGUUAGGGUGCUUUGGGGUUCAGUACUGGUGUUUAAAUCUACAGCAAAAGUAACCAGAAAGGCCAAUCAGAAUUAGGGUGAAAGGCCAAUAAGAUCACAAGUAUAACUUAGAGAGCUGGAGCUUUAUUUCAAAGGCAGAGACAACUGACAGCGAUCAAAUUACAAAUGAUUGAGUUUCGUAUCUGAUUGGUUGAAAGAAUGGCGAGAAUUUCCCAGACAAACCACAAAGCGAAGUAACUGAAAACCAUUGCGAUCCAGGAUUAUCCUCGAAACCUCCUCGAUACAGUAACUGUACAAAAUUGAACCAUACAAUACGUUCUAGCAAUGACGAUUUUGAAUUAAAGUAUUAAGACCAAGGAAAUGCUAGCGGAACUGUGAGUGCAAGAAACGGAGGAAAUUGUUGAUUUCUUGUGCAGUCUGUGCAGCUGAAGAUACUGUAUAGAGGAUAUUAACGUGCUACAUCUAUUUAAGGUUUUGACAACAAGUUUAAAAUUAAGUUGACAGCAAACGUUUUUACCGGAUAAACCCUUUACACUCUAAUAAGGAUGAGCGUCUAAUUUCUCCCAACAGCGUCUUCCCUGAAUCAAACAUUACUGCCGUGAGAAUACAGGAAAUGAUCUCAAAUUCGAGAAGGUCUUGAUUGUAAGAGAAAUUCUCCCUGUGUAAGCACCAUAGGAAAUGUAUAGAGAACGCUAUGGAGAACUUGCAUACUGAUGUUAGGUCGUAAACGGUUAGAGGAAAUGUGCCGUACAGAAAAUUUGGAAAUUCAGCUGUUGUUUUUGGUUUGUUUGAUUUUUACAGAAAAAGUGGCAAUACCGUGAUCGAGCGGUCUUUGUAGUAUCAUGUAAACCAUUUUUUGAAACUUAAAGUUGAGUUGACAGCGACAUUUUCUAAUUGAUAACUUACUUCUCUCUCACCACUCACCCUGUGAAUGAACACCUUAGCUCAAAGACUUAACUGUCAGGCCCGCUAAUUAUUGAUAUCUGAAGUCUUGUCAAAUUUGGCGUGCUAUAAAAAAAGUUUGAUUUGUUCUUUUUCUUAAAUUGUUGCUCUCAGAGAGUCUAAAUGGGGUUAUGGCUUUUAAUUUAGGGCGAACGGUUUAAAUUUUUGCCAUUUCACGGCUAAUGAUUAACUUCUUUCGGUCACGGUUAAAAGAUAAAUUUUUACGGUUAACUUUUCACUACAAGUAACGGUUGAAAUUUUCCAAUUUUAACGCCUAACUGUUAAAUUUUUUGCCGCGUAGUGGUUAACGCUUACUAACCUCAUGAAGACCUUCAGUGUAUGGCAGUGUGAUCAAAUUUGAUAUGUAAAUAGAUACAAUGUAAAAACAAAUACACCAGAGAUGUAAGAAAUAUCUUCCUGACGUCGUCUUCUCAGCUUUUACCAUAAAUCAAUGGGUGAAAAUUCGGGCCUUAACUUGCAGUAUGACCUUCGACUCGGCUGGUAAGAAUUAUAUGUGUAAUAUAUUAUAUGGCUGUGUCUCACAAGGACUGGGAACUA